ACAACUUUCAAAUACCUACAGGUAUUUAUAGAAAAAAUACACUUCUGUUGUCAUUCUUCAAAAAUGGCUUCACUGGAUCACUUGCCUUCUAGUUUUAUUGAUACAAUUAUUGUCCCAGUCAAAUUAUAUAGAUUUAUUGGACUGCAAUUCUUCGACGAUGACAGGGCUCGUUUUAAAAAUUAUUGCAAAUUAAUUCUAUUUAUUUUGCUGUCUUUUAUAUUUUCAUGUGGCUUGAUUUUAUUCUUUAUCAAAAUAAACGAAAUUGAUGCUGGCAUUUUGGAGAUUGCUAAUGCCACACCUUGCUUAUGUCUUGUGAUGCAAAGUUUAUUAAAAUUAUCGUUACUGCGCAAGAAACAUCUUAUAAGGAGUGUUGUUUAUGAAAUAGCUGAGAUGUGGCCAGGCGAGAUGGAGAACCGAGAACAGAAAGAGCUCAUGGACAACUGGCUCCACCGCAAUAAGUUGAUAUGCGAUUCAAUACUCAAGUUUACUAUAUUCGGUUUAUUAAUUUACAAUGGGGUUUCUUUAGUCAUAUACUUCAUCCUGCGAAUCCUGGAUAAGAACCCCGCCUAUGUUUUCCCGUUUGAACUAUACUAUCCCUUUGAGAUUGACUCGGUGUGGAAAUAUGUGGCAGUUUAUUUGAUGCAUAUUUUAGCAACAACAAUAAUCUACGAAUGCAGCUACCUGUCCUGCGAUAUGUUCCUAUUCUCUUUAACGGUCAACGUGUCCAUGCUCCUCCGUCUGCUGCACUACGACCUGGUGAACAUAGACGUGAGUCGCCGAGGACAGGAAGCAGAUGAAUCUCUGGCAAACCUUAAAAAUAUCGUUAAGAGACAUCAAAAACUUUUGAAAUUAGCUGAGGAUUUGGAUAGAAUAUUUAGUGCUGUUAUGUUUACUGUGUUAGUUUUCUCGUCUCUAAUUAUUAGUUUCUUUGGAUUUCUGACUAUAGUGAUUAAGGGAAAGUUCCAGCAGUUCAUGAAUUUGAUCGCUGCGUUAGAGGUCCUGUUUUCUGUCUUUUAUAUUAUGCUGCCGGGCCAGAUUCUAUCAGAUACAAGCAGUGGAGUCGCUGACGCCGCCUAUCAAAGCCUAUGGUACAACAGUGAUGAAAGAUUCAGGAAAAUUAUAAUUAUCAUGAUUGCAAGGUCACAAAAGCCGUGCAUAUUGCGAGCAAUGGGAUAUGCGGAUAUAAACUUCGAAACAUUUUAUAAGAUCUGCGGCACAACCUGGUCUUACCUGUCAGUAGUAAAUCAAAUGUACCAAGAUUCACUUUAAAAGCUGUAUUCUAAUUUUUACGUCUUUAACCAGUGAUUUUAGUAUUUAUUUUAAUAGUAGUAGUAAUUUAGUAGUAAUAGCAGCACGUUUUUCUAAAAUACUUAGGUACCUAUACACCGUGUUUUUAUUGAAUUCCGUUAACUCCGGGAUAUGGGUAAGUACGUUUAAGAAAACUAAGUGGCAUAGUUAAUUUGCAAAAAAAAAAAUGUAGGUAUAACUUUUAUAUUUUUUUGAUUUUUAUAAAAAGUAACUAAAUGUUGCAUAUAGCGUUGUUGUAACACGGGCAUUACUUUGAAUUUAACCAAACAAUUGAAAACUGUGACAUAUCAAUAUCAUUUUGAACAUCGAUCGUCCGAGAUAGUGAUUAGGUUUAGUAACAAAUGCAUACAUUCGUACUAAACACUAAUCAAUAUGCAAACAGGCUAAGGUAAGUAUAUACGCUUGUAAGGGCCUUAUAAGAUAAAAAUAAAUUAUUGAUUAUCUCCGAAAUGGAGUUAAUUAGAAUACCGGUGUCUUUGAGAAAGUUACUUAAUUUAAGCUCAGCUCGACGGAGUAUUUCCCUUGAAAUUAACGGAAAUAAAAAUAAAAAACACGGUGUAUAGGCUAAUUACAGAUGAUAUAA